UCGUUUGAUGACGAAGUUGAUACAACGCGCAGUUGAAAGUAACGAAUCUAACACUACACCGUGAUCUAACACUGUAAAAUACGGUGGCGUUCUGAGCGAUUUGAAGUCCAAAGCAGUAAACAAGGGGUUUUUCGGAAGUUGGAGAGAGGUUUGGGCGAUUCUGGACGAGACACACAUAUCUGCGGGCAACAACGGGAGUCGUUGAUUUUUAAAAAUGGCGACCACGGAGCUUGUCGAGGCGCUUCCCAGCACGCUUUCGAUGCGCGAGAAAGCGAUGCUAAAGGAAGAGAUCAACAAGCGACACAACGGCAACUUCAGCGCCGGGUACGUUCCGAUCUUCGAAAGCACCUUGCACAAAACCGGGCUCAGGGGUCGCAAAGCACUCCUCUUUUACGGCUUGGUGGUGGGACUCUUCAUCGUGUCGCUCGCGAACCUCGCCGUGACUAUGAUGCUAGUGGGUGUGCUGCGGAUUGGGUACGGCAUGGAAAGCUUGGAGUUCCUUCCCGGGGCGCAGCUCGUCAGGUUCCUCAACAACGCGGACCUUGGAAGGGUGAUUCUUCACAAGGGAGUGAUCGGCGCAUUUAAGGACUCGGACCUCACCAUCACUGGGAACGCUCAUCCGGUGAUCGUGAGGACGGUGGAACACGGGCGGCCGGGCCGACCGCGGUCUGAGGUCGCAUCCGGCGCGAGCCUGGAAGUGGGUCCGGACAGGACGGUGGUGAGCAACGUCGGGGAGUUCCGGGUGCGCAGUCCGACCACGGGGCGCACAAUCUUCUCGACGGAGUACCAGGGCUUCGACCUGCCCAAGGGCAUCCCCAACCUCAACGUGAAGGAAGCCCACGUCUCUCGGCUGACAAGUGCCAAGCAAGACUCGCUGCUUAUCUCGUCGCCAUACCAAAUAAUGCUGAAGGGCAACGCUGGACUUGACAUGGAAGGGCAGAACGUCACGCUGUCGGCGGGACACAACCUCUUCCUGAGGAGUGUGAACCAGAGCGUGACACUGGACGGACGCAAGGGAAUUCGACUCUCCGUCGACAAGAUGCCGAUUUCCACGGAUCCCUCGAGCGGAGCUCAGUUUCAGUACAAGCUGUGCGUCUGCAUGCCUUCGGGCCGUCUCUUCAGGGUCCCCGUGAGGGAGCAGGGGUUCGGGUGCAACGACGUGCGGUUCCCGGAAAGCAUCAACCCUUGCAGCUAGUCUGUGAGGUCAUCUCGCAAGGAGUCUUCCCGUUUUCUCCAGGGUCAUGCUCCAUUGGGAGCACUGUCGAAGCAAUCUAGUCCAAGGUCUUUUUAGAGCAGAUGUAAAGUUGACCACUUAAAAGUGGCUCCAACAACACAUCCUUCACGUGUGUUAUACUCCACGACAACUUUUCUUGGCAAUGCAGUGGAAGGUACGUCCCGCGUCCCCUCUCCCAUUUUCAGUGUACGCAGGCUCUACUCCUCCCUCAUUUCCAGGGAGAGGAGGAGAGCUCGCGCACACUCAAAAUGGGAGAGGGGACGCGGGACGUACCUUCCACUGCAUUGCCAAGAAAAGUUGUCGCGGAGUAUAGUGCCUGUUCCCACGUAGAGCGCUGUGCUAACCUAAACACUAUAGCCAAAGUGCCGACUUUGCGCUGUGUUGGCACUCCGCCGCACGUGACCCGGCUUUUUUUUUAGUUUAUACGCACAAUGCAGCACUGGUUCAGCACUGAAUCAGUGCUGAAACUACUGUAGGUU